AUGGCUGCUCGACUUCCUCUUGCGCGCCUUUCGGCUCAGCGCUUAACAACUUUGACCCGGGUCACUCGCGGUCCCAGCCGGCUUAGCGGUGCUCAGAGCUUGUCCACUCUGACCCGAUCCAAUGCUACCCCUAGAGCUGCUGGUCUGCUGCAGGCUUCCUCAGGGAUCAUUGUCUCGCGCAACCUUGCUCCCUUCGUGGGCUCCCAGAUCCGCACCUAUGCCGACAAGAUCGUCCAGGUUCCCCAGAUGGCCGAAUCUAUCACAGAGGGUACACUGAAGCAAUUUUCGAAACAGAUUGGCGACUUCGUGGAACGUGAUGAGGAGAUUGCCACUAUUGAGACCGACAAGAUCGAUGUCUCGGUGAAUGCUCCGGAAUCCGGUACUAUCAAGGAGUUCCUUGUGAGCGAAGAGGAUACCGUCACCGUUGGACAGGACUUGAUCAAGCUGGAGCUGGGCGACGCCCCUGCCGGUGGCAAGAAGGAGGCCGCUCCCGAAAAGGCCUCGGAGCCCGCUGCCGAGAAGCCCAAGGAAUCUGCCCCGGAGCCUGCGCAGCCCAAGGAGAAGGAGACCCAGACUCAGGCCUCCAAGCCUGCUGCCCCAGAGAAGCCUAAGGAGACCCCCAAGGCUGAGACUUCCAAACCUGCUCUGGGCAACCGUGAGGAGCGUCGGGUCAAGAUGAACCGUAUGCGUCUCCGUAUCGCUGAGCGCCUGAAGCAGUCUCAGAACACUGCCGCUUCUCUCACCACCUUCAACGAGGUUGAUAUGUCCUCGCUGAUGGAGCUCCGCAAGCUCUACAAGGACGACGUUCUCAAGAAGACCGGUGUGAAGCUGGGUUUCAUGAGCGCUUUCUCCCGCGCCUGUGUCCUAGCCAUGAAGGAUAUUCCUGCCGUCAAUGCCUCCAUUGAGGGCCCUAAUGGCGGUGACACCAUUGUCUACCGUGAUUACGUCGACAUCAGUGUGGCUGUUGCUACCGAGAAGGGUCUGGUUACCCCCGUUGUCCGCAACACUGAGACCAUGGAUCUUGUUGGCAUUGAGCAGUCUAUCGCCGAUCUGGGCAAGAAGGCUCGUGACAACAAGCUGACCAUUGAGGAUAUGGCCGGCGGUACCUUCACCAUCAGCAAUGGUGGUGUCUUCGGUUCCCUAAUGGGUACCCCCAUCAUCAACUUGCCUCAGACUGCCGUGCUGGGUCUCCAUGCCAUCAAGGACAAGCCCGUCGUCGUGAACGGCAAGAUCGAAAUCCGCCCGAUGAUGUACCUGGCUCUCACCUACGACCACCGUCUUUUGGAUGGUCGCGAGGCCGUCACCUUCCUCGUCAAGGUCAAGGAGUACAUCGAGGACCCGCGGCGCAUGCUGCUCGGGUAA